CCUAUCUAUGGUGUCUAUGGUGUGAUGUCAUCAGUUGUGCUAUCAAUUUGAUCAAUUUUGUGAUGUAGCAAGUCUUUUUAAAUUUAUGAAAAAUGGUUUAUAUAAAUUCAGAUGGUACAAUUACAACGACUCAACCUUGGGGUAUCAACAAACUAGUUGGUUUAUUUUUUGGAGCUAUCUCUUUUAUUGUACUCUUUUUCAAGUCAUUAGUUGGUUUGGAUAAUUAUUCAGGUUUUCCAGGAAGUUCCGGAAGUUCUGGAUCUAGUUUCAGAGGUUCAGGUGGAGGUGGUGGUGGAGGUGGAGGUGGAGGAGGUGGUGGGCCAAGAGGUCGUGGCCCAGGACCAAAUGGAAAAAAAUUCUUCACUAUGAGGGAUAUAGCCCCACCAUCAAUUGGAGGCUGUGCAGGAGGGUCCUGUCCUAGAUAAUUUUAAAUAUUUACAUUCUCAUUAAUAUUACACUUAAUAUUAAUUUUUAAUAUUUUUGGUCAUUUUUAAAAGGUAAUAUAUUUUCUUUUUAACGAUUAUUUAGAAUAGAUGAUCUUUAGAACCUGUUUAUUUAAAUGUUAAAUUAAGAAAAAAAAAUAUUGUUUCUGGCUAAAUGUAUAUACAUGUUGAAAGUCUGUUGGUAGGGUAUACUUUAGACACAUUCAAGUUUCCAUAAUCAAUGUACAACCAACCUAAUAGAAAUAAAAUUAAUGUUUAUGUCAA